CCCGGAAAGCCAUCGUCGUCAGGAUGGACUUUGCUCGAUGGAUGUCCUUCCUCGGUGGUUGGGACUGCGUCGAGGUAGAAGAGAAAGAUUCCAGUAAAACCUGGACCACGCGCUUGCAAGACGACCUUGAGGCUGUAUGUUUCCCCCACAAAAAUUUGGACUCUCCCGAACGUAUAAAAAUUCCAAACCGAACUGUGUCGGAAGAGGAGUCUCCUCGUUUGCGGCCGGCAGAGGUCCGGAUACAUUCAUCGGAAAUAGUGAACGAGGAAUGUCCACGCUACGGGGACAGUGUACGAAAGCCGGAGACGCACGUACUCACGGUGGACCCGAAAGUGGCAACUCACACCAGUUCUCAACCGCAAAGAACCUUUCCCUCCGCGACACUGCCAACGCCACCCCAAAACAGGCAAAAUAUUCCGGAUAACACCGCCAACAACCUGCCUUUGCGCAAAGAGGACCUUGCGACUCCUCCCAGACCACCUGUAUUUUCUCGCGCACAUAGUUUCCAAUCGCACACAAAACACCAAACGAGAGAACGACUCGGAAAUCGGGAUAGAAUUCUUUCAGAGAUGCCGGCCGUCAAGAAUUUCGACGACGAUAUAAACAGGCUUGUCGCUACGAGACAUGGCAGCAAAUAUGGCUCUGGUGUCGAGGCAGCCAACCUUUCGGAAGAUUCUUACGUGGCCACGGAAACGAGUAUGGACUCGGGAGAUCUCCGCACCCUGGAGAGGGGCGACCGUAGUCCGGAUCUUUGCGUUGGUGUAAUGACAGGUUCGCCAAAUGUCGCAUCAGGUACAGAGCAACAAGAUCGAUUCAGCGGUGAUGCUUUCGAGGGCGAUUCCCGAUCUACCGACAGAGCUUUGCCCUUGGGCAAAAUAAACUAUACACGAAAAGAAAGGCACUUUCGCUGGUUCGCUCAUGGAAAAAUGUGGACGUCUAUUGCCGUUCUGCUUUCCAUUUGUGGGUCGUUGAUGUCUGUCCUUUCCAGACGAAGUACGAGGUUUGUUGUACUAAGCGAGCCACUCAAUAUUGCUCCCGUCUAUAACGCUGUGGACAAGAUCGGAAUGAUCAGAAUGGAGCUCUGCUACAACACCUCUGUAGUCAGUGAAUCUGGCUGUACGGUCAUUCCCUUGACAACUGAGGAUGUUGACGAUAACAUGUUUGAGUUGGCGCGGAUCUUUUUGACGCUGUCGGCACUGUCGGGCGUGUUCUUCACCAUCUUCUUGUGCUCCGCUGUUUACUGGCAAUCAAUCAAUCUGAAGCCCAUUGGAAUUGGCUUCAUCGUAACCUACUUCUUUCAAUCUUUUUCGAUGAUUUUCUUUGAUUCCAUGAUAUGCUCUGACAAAAACUGUCGAGUAGGGUCUGGUAGUCUCUUAAGCAUAUUUGCCAGUCUCUGCUGGAUUGGAGCUUGCCUUGCGACGGCAAAAAUGGAUGCCUUCAAAAUCAUUGCUCAACGCAGACGCCGACGUCACGCUCGGCGUCUCGCAAAAACGAGGAAGAUGGUGAGAAAGGCUUCUUCGGAAACUGUCAAGACUACCUCAUCAAGGGAGAGCGAUGGUAGCAAUUCCGUUAUCGAUCUGGAAGUAAAUGGAUAGGGGAAAAGUAGCUACUUAAGUUUUGAUAGUCGACACUGUGU